CCCUCGGCCCCGCCCCUGGUGCGGCCCGCCCCGCGGGGGCAGCGAGCACGCGGGAGGCGAGCGCGGGGCAGUGGGUGGCCGCGGGGCUGGCAGCCGGCGCUGGCUCUCUCGGCGCGCGCGGGGGGACCCGGGCCGGAGCAGGCAGACAGGAUGUUUCUGGAGCCCCAGAUGAGGGCUGGGCUUCGCUGACAAGCCUCAGAGCCUGGCCCAGAUUCUGUCCUCAGUGGGGCCUGAGUGUCCCUGAGACUUUGACGCGAGCCCCCCUCGGAGCCCUCCCGGAACUGUGGUCCACAGGCACCGCAGCCAUGGAAGAACCGGCUCUGAUGGGCUUUCCGGAUUCCAGGAUGAACCCCAGGACCAGGAAACUAUGCCCCAGACGUCUGUGGUCUUCUCCAGCAUCCUCGGACCUAGCUGUAGUGGACAGGCACAUCCCAGCAUGGGGGAGCGCGGCGGCGGUGCAGGCAGCUCUGGGGACCUCAUCUUCCAAGACGGACGCCUCGUCUCUGGGUCCCUGGAGGCUCUGAUGGAGCACCUAGCUCCCACUGUGGACUAUUACCCUGAUCGGACCUACAUCUUCACGUUUCUUCUGAGCUCCCGAGUCUUCAUCCCGCCCCAUGACCUGCUGGCCCGCCUGGGGCAGAUCUGCCUGGAGCAGCGGCAGCAGCUGGAGGCCGGACCAGAAAAGGCCAAGCUGAAGGCCUUCUCAGCCAAGAUCGUGCAGUUGCUGAAAGAGUGGACGGAAGCCUUCCCCUAUGACUUCCAGGAUGAGAAGGCCAUGGCUGAGCUCAAGGCCAUCGCCCACAGGGUCACACAGUGUGAUGAGGAGAAUGGCACCGUGAAGAAGGCCAUCGCCCAAAUGAUUCAGAGCCUGCUGCUGUCCCUGGCCGCCCGGAGCCAGCUGCAGGAGCUGCGGGACAAGAUCCGCUCUCCAGCCGUGGACAAGGGGCCUGUCCUCAAGGCCAAGCCACCAGCCACGCAGAAGGACAUUCUGGGGGUGUGCUGUGACCCCCUGGUGCUGGCCCAGCAGCUCACUCACAUAGAGCUGGAGCGGGUCAGCAGCAUUCACCCCGAGGACCUGAUGCAGAUUGUCAGCCACAUGGACUCUCGGGACAAGCACAGGUGCCGAGGGGACUUGACCAAGACCUACAGUCUAGAGGCCUAUGACAACUGGUUCAACUGCCUCAGCAUGCUGGUGGCCACUGAGGUGUGCCGGGUGGUAAAGAAGAAGCACCGGACCCGCAUGUUGGAGUUCUUCAUCGAUGUGGCCCGGGAGUGCUUCAACAUUGGAAACUUCAACUCCAUGAUGGCUAUCAUCUCUGGCAUGAACCUCAGUCCAGUGGCGCGGCUCAAGAAAACAUGGUCCAAGGUCAAGACGGCCAAGUUUGACGUCUUAGAGCAUCACAUGGACCCAUCCAGCAACUUCUGUAACUACCGCACGGCCCUGCAGGGGGCCACACAGAGAUCUCAGACAGCCAACAGCAGCCGCGAGAAGAUCGUUAUCCCCGUGUUCAACCUUUUUGUUAAAGACAUCUACUUCCUGCACAAAAUUCACACCAACCACCUGCCUAACGGGCACAUUAACUUCAAGAAAUUUUGGGAGAUCUCCCGACAGAUCCACGAGUUCAUGACAUGGACCCAGGUCGAGUGUCCUUUCGAGAAAGACAAGAAGAUUCAGAGUUACCUGCUCACAGCGCCCAUCUACAGCGAGGAAGCUCUCUUCAUCGCCUCCUUUGAGAGUGAAGGUCCCGAGAACCACAUGGAAAAGGACAGCUGGAAGACGCUCAGGACCACGCUCCUCAACAGGGCCUGAGGCGCAGUUGCUGGGACCACACAGGCGCUGUCUCACCGGGACUCACCUGGGCCGCACGCAGGAGGAGGCCUCACUGGCUGGGGUCCAUUUUGUAUAUAACUUUUCUGAAAAAUGAAAGUAAUUCUUUCACGCAUCGACGACCUUUGGCACUGACAAAUGAUGUUUUGUUUACUUUCAAGAACAGGGCAGGGCCCUGCUUGGGGAAGGGAGGGGGAAAGAGUAUCAUGGGAGACGGCAUCCAUGAUAACAUGUUAUUCCAAUGAAAUGUAGAUUUUUAUUUUCUACUUUUGAGAUGAACAUCUUAUGAGAAAAAAAAAAUUUAAACAAUACCCAACCAAAAGCAACGUUGAGUCCUACCUGCUUGGCCGCCUUUCCAGCCAGUGUCUCUGAUGUCGGGGUUAGUGCCUUAGAGGGUACUGGAGGGCCGGUCUUGCGCUGCUCUAGUCCGUGGCCAGCCAGAGGCGCCCGGUGCGCUGGGCUCUGCACUGUGCGGGCCAGGAGGUCUCUGGGCAGCAUGCUGGAAGUGAACCUUUGAGUCUGGGCUUUCCAAAGUUUACAUUUUCAUUUUCCUUUAUCAGGGAUUUAUGGGGUCGGGAGGGUCAGGGGGGACAACCGGCAAUGUGUUUUCUUUUGUGGGAAGAUGUCCAGUUGUUUUGAAAUGAUGUGUCAGUAAGAGAGAAAAAUGGAAGAUAACAUCAAGGUGGUGGGGAGUUGUGGGAUUGUCUGUUUUCUGGUUAUCAUGGACAUACAUACGGGAAGAGAAUAAAUGCAAGUGGACUUGAGGAUGGGGAAGGGUUGAAAGUCAUUCUGGAAAUGAAAAGAAAUAACUCGUACAUCAGUCCUCCAAGUGGCCUGCCUGCUCCCUGCCGUGUGGGAGCCAGGGCUCCCCUUGUGGACACCGAGUUAGCCGGGCCAGUCGCCGCCUGGUCCCCUCGCCUAAAACUGCUCACCAUUCCAAGGCACUUCCCAUCCCCAAACGAGAAUAUUCCACUUUUGACUUCCUGGCUGUGGGACAGUGACAGCCCCGGCUCCCUCCCAAGCCAGGGCGGGCAUUCCACGCAGACUCUCGCCAAAGUGGGAAUCGGGACUUGGGUUCUGCAUGAGCAGAGCGAGAACCGUGACACCCGUUUCUCUCCGUGAGCCUGGCUUCGCAGGAGCCCGGAGCCGGGGCGCUGGGCGAGGCGAGGUCAGUGAGUGGCUAAUUCCCAAAGCUUGGAGGAGAGCCUGGAGAGGGCGGGCGCGGCCUCAGGAAGGAGGUGGCUCCUCGAUCUGCUGCUGACAGCACCCUCAGCCCUGGGUGGAGCAAGAAUGUUGACACUGUAUUGUCACAGUGUGUUUGCACUUUUCAGAAGUUCUAGAUAGUACAUAUUGUAUAUUGAUAGUACCUAUUGCUUUGUUUAUGUAUUUGAGAUAAAGGCUUAAAAUUUGAGAAUAUAUAUUUGGAAUACGACGCUAGAACCUUUUCUGUCCUGUGUUCAGGAGCCUUCUCGUCAAUGUGCACUUCACUGGGUCGUCAGUUCUUCUAGUACCUUCCUGGCAUUGUCUCUGUUUGCUACUUUACUUUCCCAAUUUGAUACACACCUUAACUAUGAUGUUUUGGUAUCUGGAGGUGAACUCUUGAGUAUAAAGCUGUACCAUAAUGCAGGAGGUCAGUUGUUGGUGUGACUGGAUGUACUUGCAUCAAUAAAAGAACAUGUCGCUCC